AUGCACCUCUCCUCUUCCUUGGAGAGGAACUCCACAGAGCCGAGCUUUUGGAUGAACAGCUCCGAGGCAAACUUCUCUCACGGGGGAAACGACUCCAGCGAGAGGGAGCAGAGGCAACGGUGGGAAGUGGCAGAGGAGGAAGACGGCGAUCAGCACCCGUUUCUUACAGAUGCCUGGUUGGUGCCACUUUUCUUCUCCCUCAUCAUGCUGGUGGGCUUGGUGGGCAACUCUCUGGUCAUAUACGUCAUCUCCAAGCACAGGCAGAUGAGGACAGCCACUAACUUUUACAUAGCAAACCUGGCCGCCACUGACAUCAUCUUUCUAGUGUGCUGCGUCCCCUUCACGGCCACCCUCUACCCACUGCCCGGAUGGAUCUUUGGCAACUUCCUGUGUAAAUUUGUGGCAUUCAUGCAGCAGGUGACUGUCCAAGCCACCUGCAUCACUCUGACAGCAAUGAGUGGGGACCGCUGCUACAUUACAAUUUACCCCCUGAAAUCGCUCCGUCACCGCACGCCCAGAGUAGCCAUGAUUGUCAGCGUGUGCAUUUGGAUCGGCUCCCUCAUCCUGUCCACACCGAUCCUGAUGUACCAGCGCAUCGAGGAAGGGUAUUGGUACGGUCCGAGGCAGUACUGCAUGGAGAGGUUCCCUUCCAAAAUUCACGAAAGGGCCUUUAUUCUCUACCAGUUCAUUGCCGCCUAUCUGCUACCCGUCUUCACCAUUUCCUUCUGCUAUGGUCUUAUGGUCAAGAGGGUUGGCCAACCUACUGUGGAGCCAGGAGAUAACAACUACCAGGUCAACCUUCUGUCCGAGAGAACCAUUAGCAUCAGGAGCAAGGUCUCUAAAAUGGUGGUAGUGAUUGUACUGCUCUUUGCCCUGUGCUGGGGUCCAAUCCAGAUUUUCGUCCUCUUCCAGUCCUUUAGCCCCGACUUCCGAGCUACGUACACCACUUACAAGAUCAAGACAUGGGCCAACUGCAUGUCUUACGCCAACUCCUCGGUUAACCCAAUUGUUUACGGCUUUAUGGGGGCUAGCUUUCAAAAGUCCUUCAGGAAGACAUUUCCCUUCCUGUACAGGCACAAGGUGAGGGACAGCAGCAUGGCAUCAAGGACGGCCAACGCCGAGAUCAAGUUUGUCGCGGCAGAGGAAGGCAACAACAAUAACGAUGCAAACUAA